UUCCCAAGACAAGACUCCAACAAUAAUUUAGCCCCUUUAUGCAAAUAUGACAUCCAAUCAUUUCUUUUUCCUCUGUUUGAUACCUUUGUUUUUCGGACACUCAAUCGCUGUCGACGUCUUAAAAGCAGAUCAGUCCAUUAACCACACCCAAGCAAUUGUUUCAGCCGCCGAAAAGUUUGAAUUGGGAUUCUUCACUCAACCCAAGUCCUCAAAUUUCAUGUAUUUAGGAAUAUGGUACAAAGGCCUUCCCGACUAUGUAGUUUGGGUCGCUAAUAGAGACAACCCAGUUCUAAACUCCUCCGCCACUCUAAAAUUCAAUACACAUGGAAACUUAAUUCUCGUCAAUCAAACAGGUCAAGUUUUUUGGUCUUCCAAUUCGACAAGAACAGUUCUAUAUCCAAUCGCUCAACUCCUAGAUACAGGUAAUUUCUUAUUGAGAGAAUCAAAUUCAGGACCUGAAAAUUAUGUGUGGCAGAGUUUUGAUUAUCCCUUUGAUACUCUGUUGCCGGGAAUGAAACUCGGGUGGGACUCCAAAACAGGGCUUAACCGAAAGUUAACAUCAAGAAGAAGUCAAACCGAUCCGUCCUCUGGAGAUCUCAGUUAUGGAGUCAACACAGAUGGGCUUCCACAGCUUGUGGUUUGGAAAGGAAACCAGACGAUGUUUAGAGGCGGGCCAUGGUAUGGCGAUGGCUUUAGCCGAGUUCGAUCCAAGAGAGCGAAUUACAUCUAUAAUGCUUCAUUUGAGAUAUCAUACUCAAUUAAUGAUUCAAACAAUGGCCCUUCAAGAGCUGUGUUGGAUUCAAUUGGAUCGGUUAUAUACUAUGUGUGGACCGGAGGCGACAAAAAAUGGGAGAUAGCUUACACGUUUGAAGGAUCUGGGUGCAAUGACUACGAAUUAUGUGGAAAUUUUGGUCUUUGUAGCUCUGUCUUAGUAGCAAGUUGUGGGUGUUUAGAUGGGUUCGAACAAAAAUCAGCUCAAAAUUUUUCAGAUGGGUGUGUGAGGAAGGAUGAAAAGAUUUGUAGAGAAGGAGAGGGGUUUAGAAAGAUAAGUGAUGUAAAAUGGCCUGAUUCCACAAAGAAAUCAGUGAGAUUAAAAGUGGGUAUUCAAAAUUGUGAGACAGAGUGCUUGAAAGAUUGUUUUUGCUUGGCCUACGGAAAACUUGAAAUUCCUGAUAUUGGACCUGCCUGUGUCACAUGGUUUGACAAAUUAAUUGAUGUCAGAUUUGUUCGUGAUGUUGGAACUGGAGAUGAUCUGUUUGUGAGAGUGGCUGCUUCAGAAUUAGAACGGAGUGAAAGAAAGAGUAUAAUAGUUCUAGUGGUUGUGCCAAUCAUAUCAGUGUUAAUCUUCUUGGCUUCAAUCAGCUUUUAUAUCGUUAGGAAUGUAAGAAGAAGAGCAAAAGCAGCAGACAAUGGAGUUACAAUCACUGAGGAGCUCAUUCAUGAGAAUGAACUUGAGAUGCCAAUUGCAGUAAUUGAAGCUGCAACAAACAAUUUCUCUAUUUCUAAUAAGAUAGGCGAAGGUGGUUUUGGACCGGUUUAUAAGGGGAGGCUCUCAUCUGGACAAGAAAUUGCAGUAAAGAAGCUAGCAGAAAGAUCACGUCAAGGAAUGGAGGAGUUUAAAAAUGAGGUUCAUUUCAUUUCCCAACUUCAACAUCGAAACCUCGUCAAACUUCUUGGUUUCUGCAUCCAUGAGGAAGAAAUAUUACUUAUUUAUGAAUACAUGCCAAACAAAAGUUUAGACUACUUCCUCUUUGAGGACCGAAGACGUUCUUUACUCGAUUGGCAAAUGAGAAUUGAUAUCAUAAUUGGCAUAGCUCGAGGGCUUCUUUAUCUUCAUCGAGAUUCAAGACUUCGGAUAAUUCAUAGAGAUCUUAAAGCUGCAAAUAUUUUAUUAGAUAGUGAAAUGAAGCCAAAGAUCUCAGACUUUGGCAUUGCACGCAUGUUUGGUGAAUAUCAAAUGGAAACAAAAACAGACAGAGUUGUUGGAACCUAUGGUUAUAUGUCUCCAGAAUAUAUAAUGGAAGGUUGUUUUUCAUUCAAAUCAGAUGUUUACAGCUUUGGAGUCAUUCUUUUAGAGAUAGUUAGCGGCAAGAGGAACCACGGGUUUUUUCACUCAGAACAUCAACUGAAUCUUCUCGGACACGCAUGGAAGCUUUGGAAUGAAGGAAAAACUUUAAAACUAAUAGAUGGAGUGUUGGGUGAUCAAUUCCAAGAACUCGAAGCACUGAAGUACAUAAACGUUGGACUUUUAUGUGUUCAAGCACGUCCAAAAGAAAGACCAAUUAUGUCAUACGUGCUUUCGAUGUUAGAAAAUGAUAACAUGCCGUUGAUCCAUCCAAAGGAGCCCGGGUUCUAUGGAGAAAGAUUUGUAUUAUCUGACAUUAAUUCAUUGUUUUCUACUUCAAAUAAUGUUACUAUUACAUUGUUAGAUGAUGGUCGCUAAUACUAACAACACCGCAAUUAUGUAACUACAUGAGAUUCAUCAAUUUUAGUAAAAGAAAAAAAAAACAAGAAAAUAUGUGUGGGAGAUUAAUCCAA